AUGCGGUUCACCUCCUUCACCUACAUAAUCAGUUUGGCCGCCUUGGCUAGAGUUCAAGCCAAACCUUUCCCCCAGACUGACAAUCUGAAUCUCCCAACGCACACAGUCGCAAGUUUCAACCAAACAGGAUCAUGGUUCGAGAACCUUGCCGUACGUCCCAACGGAGAUCUCCUGGUGACGAUGAUGCUGCCAAAUCCCACGCUUUUUCAUGUCAAGUCCCCGGGUUCUGCGGAUGCACAACUGGUUCCGCUCUACAAGUUUCCCAACGCUACGGGCCUUGUGGGCAUUACAGAGACCGGCAACGACAGAUUUGCCGUGAACAUGCAUAACUUCUCAGCAUUUGUGACUCCAGUUGCCGACACUGGAGCUGUGUGGGAGAUCAAUUUUUCAAACACCCACAGGGAUGACUUCACUGCCCGAGAAGUGACUGUCAUCAAGGGGGCUGGUCUGCUGAACGGAAUGACUUCUUUGACCGGGAAGAACAGCAAGUCACCCAAGUGCAAGGCGGAGACGAGUCUCAUCGUGGCGGAUUCCUACGCGGGUGUUUUACGCCGCGUGAGUCUCUCAACUGGAUCUGAUGAGAUACUUCUUGACGCUCCCGAGCUGAAACCAACAACGGACAGUCCUUUUGGGGUAAACGGUGUCCACGUCUGGGGCACCCACCUCUACUGGACAAACACGGCCCUUCGGUCGCUCUACCGCAUCGCAAUUGACUCCUCGGGCUACCCUUUGAAGAGUGCUGCUGUAGAAGUGCUCCUCUCACUGCCUGAUAUCUCCAUUAUUGACGACUUUACCUUCGAUAAGAAGGGAAACAUCUGGGCAGCCGCGUCAAGCAAUAACACGAUGUUGGUGAUCUAUAAGAACGGGGGAUCCAAGGAAUAUAGCACCUAUACGUCGGCUGCGGGAGAGGUUACCUCUCUCGCUCUUGGGGGAGUUACAGCGACAGCCUUUGGGAUGGGGCGUGAUUCAAACACGCUAUUCGCAACAACGUCUGGUGCUUCUGCUGUUCCUGUCAAUGGCACAGUGACCGAGCCUGCAAAGGUUGUGGCUGUUGAUCUAUCUAGUGUACUGUAA